AUGGACGCGCGUUCGCUGCUGCUGUUUGUGGGCUGGGGAGUGGCGCUGGUGGCGGGGGUGGUGGUGGAGCAGGAGCGCGGGGGGGGCCCCCAGGCCGUGAUAAAGGCGGACCGGCACACCGCAGUGAUCCCCGCACACAGCUUCGCGCCCAAGUUCGUCUUCGUGGGGGAACAGUGGCUGCCAGCUCCCACGGAAAGCCAUGCUAACAAAGUCCACCGAGUUUGUUUGGUGGAAAAAGCGAAACUGGGCCGUCGAGACAGCCGGAAGGCGGAAAGCCAGGGCCUCGGGGUGUACGUACAGGCCGCGGCGCACGCGGAGCAGUUCGGCAAGGUGCUGCUGAGCAGCGCGGGGUGUACAGACACCGCGGCGGAGGGCGCGGACGCCGCGGCCGGGUGUACAGACACCCCGCACCACCGCCUCCGCAUGCAGGCCAGGGCCCUCGGCGAGCUGCUGCCCGCCCUGUGUCUGCGCACAAGUGCCACGGAGGUGCAGCACUUGCGCUACAGCCUCGUGGACUACUCUUUGCAGACUUUGGAAAACAUCGACACUGCCCGGCUUCGCCAAACCCUCGGCGACCUCUGCAGCCAGCCGCUUUACCUCCUUUUGAGGGUUUACGAGUGCUCCAAGCUCCCCGACUUCUCGCCCCCCGACACCCCCACCCACGCCGGGGGCCCCCCGGGGGCCCUGGAACCUCUUUGA